GAGAAAGGGUUAAUUGGAGUAGGAAUUUCAUCGCACAUCUGUCAGAUUUUUAAGGCCGUGACGCACUGAAAGCAGAGAGUCAAUGUGAGCAAAAAGGGGGAGGAGGAGGAGGAGGAGAAGGAGAAAGAGUUGGUGGUGAGAUCGAUGAAGUGGCAGGCAGAGGGAGGAGGAAAAUCUCACGAGAUAAUGAAAGAAAAAGAGGAGAGCUGCUAGUGUAGAGCGAAAAAACGAGGCUACAGACCCGGAGAUUUUUAGGAGUGGGAAAACAAAGACUUGACCGGAGAGCGAGAGCGAGAACCGUCCGCCUGGAUCACCGCAGAUGGUUUUUUUUGCACUCUGGUUUCGGUGAAUGUAGCACCCCGGGGCGCAGAGGACCAAUUGUGUGAAUCUGCAGGGCUGCUCGGCGACACAAUCGGAGACAUGCACAGGACGGACAACAGCCGAGGACGCGCUCUGAGAAGUGGGGAAUAAAAGGUAGGAUAAACCUUCACAUGUCGAUGGUUUCGGCUCCGGGUGGCCGUCAUGUUUUUGUAGUUAGUUACCGAUUUGCUCAGGUUCAUUACAUGUGGUGUGAAUAUGCAAAACGCACCGCUGAUGUUGGGCUCUUCGCAUGCGCGCUGCUUCAGUAUUCAUAAGUUUGCAUGUAUGAAAAAAUCAUUUCGGUUUGAUGGAAGUGAUGAAAACUGAGAUUUCGUUGUUUUCUUGUGUGUUCCGCUCGAUGUGUCGAAAAUGAGAGCUAAAUUGACUUAUUUCCUUUUUAUCAUUUUGCAUAAAAUAUGUGAAUUAAGCGUUAAAGCGGAGCAAACUCACGGUUUAAGUUGUUUUCCUCUCUGUUAAAGAUGAAAGUUUACAGACAGCGGAGUAACAGCGCCUGUCUUGUCUCACACAGGCACAAAAGCGAGGCAUCUGCCGAGGAACAAACCAAAGAGACAAGAGCAGAGUGCUGCUGCUGCUGCUGCUGCUGCACAAGAGAGAAUAAAAACCACAGUCCGAGCUCCUCAUGCUGCUGCAAACUGCUUUUCUGGGAGUUUGAGGGAGUUUGAAGACAGUACUUAACGUUAUCAGAUAAUUAAUUAGACACCCCAUAAGCCCGGAAAUCAAUUAAUUCACAAAUCAAUAAAUCCAUAGUCUGGUGUAACAAGAGACCUUCCAGACUAGCUAGAGCGGCUGUUGAACAACAAUAACAAGAGAAGAGCAACAACAACACAGGGUGAGAAGUACACAUUUAUUCGCUGAAAUUGAAGAUGGAUGGGAGUCUAGGAGAGAUGUCCCUCCACAGCCACUCAGAUCUGGCUCACAGCCAGGACGGCAGGGCCAUGCUGCACUCGCGGGACCUCUCAGCUGCUUUCCCCAGGCCUUCCCUCGGGGGACCCUCCAUGUCUCUGGAGCCCGAGCCCCGUGCGCCCAGUUUCGACCACUCCAUGUCCGCGUUGGGCUACAGCGGAGACUCCCCGUCCAGCUCGGGCAGCACCUACACCACCCUGACGCCCCUGCAGCCGUUUGAUGACAAGUUCCACCACCAUCACCACCACCAUCCCUGCCUCCCCGUCAGCAAUGUGAUUGGCAGCUUCACCCUCAUGCGUGAGGACCGAGCACACCUAAGCACCAACUUCUACAACCCCUAUGGCAAAGAUCUCACCAUGUCCCAGAGCCUCUCGCCCCCCUCCACAGGUUCAGGCCUGGGCUCCUCCAUGCACGGCUACGGAAGCCCCAAUGGCAACAGCGGCCAGAUGCUCCACGGCGGUUAUGACGUCCACGGAGGGAGCCUAUUCUGCAGGACAUCGGAUUUUGGCCGGGAGAUGUCACCACCGGGCCUAGGAGGAGGUGACGUGUCAGUGGGACACCAGCUAAACAAAAUGGAGGCUCACCAGCACCCCCCAAGCCAUCACCCUCACCUGUACAGCCAGCACUACCAGCCCCACCAUCACCCGAGCCAGCAGGCCUCCAAGAUGUCCGAGCACCUGCACUCCUCAUCCUCCGCCUCGUCCUCGCCCGGGGAGAGCAUGCUGCCGGGCGGUGGAGGCAGCUCUGCCGGGGAGGAGAUCAACACCCGGGACGUGGCCCAGAGGAUCAUCACGGAGCUGAAGCGGUACAGCAUCCCCCAGGCCAUCUUCGCCGAGAGGGUGCUGUGUAGGUCACAGGGCACGCUGUCUGACCUCCUGAGAAACCCCAAGCCCUGGGGCAAGCUCAAGUCCGGCCGCGAGACCUUUAAGAGGAUGUCCCGCUGGCUGCAGGAGCCCGAGUUUCAAAGGAUGGCCUCGCUCCGGCUAGAGGGUAAGAUCAGGCUUUGCUCUUUCUCUCUCUCUUUCUCUUUCUUACACACACACACAAACACAAACAGACUCACACAGAAUCCACAAACACAAACACACACGCUCUCCCCUUGUUUUCCCCAAACACCUCCAUGUCUUCCAAAAAAACCUCCUCUCCAGCACUCAGUAUGCAGCUCAGGUUGAGACAUGAGGAAAAGCAUCAUACUGAUGUUUCACCUCCUUCACACCACUGAGAACCAACCCCAGGUUCCUCUAUUGUCUCAACACCCGGGUAAAUCAGAACUUAACAGCACAUUCAGGUCAGUUUGAGCAAAAAGAAAAGAAAAAAAAGGGGGCCAUAUGUGCCGUUCCUUUGUUUACUUAGCUCCCAAACAGCUCCUAUUGAUUAGUACAGUAGCAACAAUAAAAAAGCCACAGACAUUUGCCCUCUUCUCAAAUGAACCAUGAAGAUCAGCGUGAGCGGCGGCUGGCAAUUUAAUCGCUUUUGAGCCCACGAAAUAAUUUGUGCAGAUAUGCCACUCUGGAGCGAUUGAUUAAUUCUAGCAGUGAUUUAUAUCUGCUCGGCGCGCGGCUGAAGUUGACUUGGCAAGGUAGCUGAUGCAAAUGAGAUUUGAGCGUUUGCCAGACAUCUUUUAUCAACGUCCUCACCGAGGCAAUUACCGCGCGGCUAAAUACAAAUGUUGCUCUGCUCUGAGGCAGCACCUGGCGCGGGAUUCCUCACAUCUGGAAAACGAGGGAGAGUGUGUUUCUCUGAGCUCGAUUGAUCGGGAAACAAAUCGGUUUGGGAAAAAUUUGAGCUAUCAGAAAUUGUGGGAAUUGUUUUACAUUUUUAGUGUUUGGAUUAUCAAACAAAUAAAACAACGUGAAGAUACACUUUUGGCUCUAAAUAAAAUAGAAAUGUGUCUCUUAAUAAUCAGUGUUUUCUGCCGAUUUGACGCGGUAAAGAUCUUUUUUUUUUGUAAUCUGCUGCUUGACAUUUAAUACUCUUUGGAGAUGUGGGCUGAAGACAUGGCAGCACGCUGUACAGUGCCGUGUUACACUGUUGUCCCUCCACAGGGACCGAGAGCCCAUCUGAUACACGGAGCACAGAAAGAGAUCCAAGUGAACACAGUAAUACGAGACGAGCACGGCUGAGAGUGUGUGUGUGUGUGUGUGUCUGCAAGUGGUGUGCUCACUGCAGGGGUCUGUGAGCGCUACGUGUGUGUGAGCCUGCCCAGUUGAUCACUGCUUUUCGCUCUCUGUCAGCAGCUCGACUGAUUAAGCCCAACAACACAAUAGGGUUCAUAGGUAAUGAUUGUGCACUCUUGCAAUCCCUUCACAAUUAUUGAUCUUUGAUUGUUCGGCUCUGAGAGCACAUGUACAUCCUCCAUUCAGCAAAACGUUACAGCAAUCACACCCUAAACCCCUCUUAUCUAAAGAUGACUUAUCUCAGGGUUUUGUUCUUACUUUUGACAGAAAUGUGGUUUUGAUGAGGCCAAUCCUGCAACACGUGACUGCUUUGUAUGCAAAACGCCUCUUCCUCUCAAUCCUUCUCUCAUGAUAAAACAGCUCCUUUGUUCGUUUGUUCUGAUCAUCAAUCAUUCCUCUUUUAUUUCCAGCUUCCCUGUUUCCUCUUCUUUACAAACACAGACGUUAUUUUAACGAGUCAGUCCUCCACGUCCGAGCAGCCGAUCAAUCAGACUCAUAAAAAAUUAAGGUUCCUACACAGAGAAGUGCGCUCUCCCUCUCUCUCUCUCUGCCCCCACACACUCUGAAAAUUGCAUAUUUACUUCUUGGCAAAGAAGCCACAAUUUGGACAGCUCGGCACUUUUCUACAUAACCUACUUUCCGAAGGGGGUUGUUGUGCUUUUUCUCCCCCCCUCUUGGCCAACCCCCUUUUGUUUAAUUACAAGCCUCUAUUGAUUUCCAUGGGAAAGAGCAGCACGCCUUGCCCACACACACCUCGGCCGCAACGGCGAAUCGAGACUGGAAUUAGAAUGCGCGUUGCCCUGUGCUCUCCAGUCUGAAGAUAGCUCGAGUGCUCUCUGCUUCACGCCUCAAGUUUUAAGAUGAUCCUCCCUAAUACAGCACUCGCUUAAAUACAUAGAAGGCCCUUCGGUGUCAGGCAGCAGCUGGCGGUUAUUUCCAUAACGCUGCUGUCUCUUACGUUCACAGGGCUGCAGAGCUCUCUCAGUAAUUAUUGGAUGAAGCUGCUGCCAUUUUGUCUCCUCGAAUAAUUGUCUCUCUGCAAAGACAUUUUGCAAAACACGGAGGAGGUGAUCCCUCGGAUUUAUCCGCAGUAUCUUGUGUUUUUUCCUUACGUGUGUGUGUGUGUGUGUGUAUACUCUAUGGAUUACUGUAUAUGAGAUGCAUCUCUUGCCCAACCUCAGGCUGUGGAGGAGGCAAUCAGGAUUUAGUCAGGGUAGAAGAAGGCGGGAUAAAGACCACACAGCCUAUGCUUGGACACUUAAAGUCAAGGAGUGGGGAAGGUGGGGGGGAUCAGAGACUAUAACUUUAAAGAUGAUGGCCGAAGCCCUUGACUAAAGGUCUAAAUGAAUAAGAAAGGUCAAUGCGGUUUACGUGUCGGCUCCAGUGCCUGCACCACCCCCACAGUAAUGAAAGCCACAAAGCCUCCUCGUCCACCUCUCGCUGCUUACAGUCCACAUCCUGCCAGCCCGGCUCAAAGGUCAGAGCCGAUUUCAUUUGCAUAUCGGGGAAUUGUAAACAAGGCCGACGCGGCCUUAGCGGCGCAGCACCCAACAAACACGCUUGUUUUGUUGUUUUUUUGUGUGUGUGUGUGUGUUGUUUUUGUAUCUGGCUCCUGCAGCUUCCCCGGCGCUGAAGGGGUUAACCAGCCUCUGUGGGUCGAGGAGUCUGAGCUGCACAGAUUUAAUCAAUAAUUUCUAUCAGCCCCUGGCCCAAGAAAUCAGCAGGGGGUGGGCUGGGGGGGGGGGGGGGGGUGCGGAGAGGGGGGGUAGGAGGAGAGGGGGUUGUGGGGGUGUUCUAGCUAGGAGGAGGAGGAUGAGGAGGUUGGGUGGGUGGUGGGUGGAGGAGGUGGAGGGGGUGCAGGUUGAGACGCCGGGGGGUAGGGAAAGGGCUUUCGAUCACGUUUCAGCAACACGAGACAGGGGCAUACAUCAUGAUUAGGGGCUGUUCCCACGAUCAUAAGAAGCCUAUAGGGGAAUAUUUAUGUCUCCAGGAGUAGCCCCGGUGCCGGGGAUUUAUAGCAUGGUAAUUGUGAGCCUUUUACACAUGAUUACAGCAUAAGGAAGCAUUUACUUAAUGGUUGGUGUUAUGAUCGUCAGGAAGGGAGAGGGAGCGCCGAGGUGGGAUGGAGAAAGAGGAGGAGAGCGCCAGGACACCCUGACUCCUCCAACAAGCCAUAAAUCCGCGCUACAAGCAAGCUAGCCAGCGCUAUCAUGUCAUUCCUUUCAUUACUACACGAGCUGAGAGUGCACCACUGUAUAUACCAUCUAUAGAUGCGGCGGCGGCUCCCCCCUCCCAACCCCCUAGCCCAGAAAUAUUGAUGGCAGAGAUGGUGUAAGGCCUGUGAAAAAUGUAGCAUUUGGGGAGAAAAAAAAUAAUUUCACUUGUAGUGAUAUUGACGUGCCGUUGACAUCUUGGCCUGUUCAGAUUUUAAUGAGACGUGGUUCGAUAACUCUCAGAAAUGCAAACGAGCUUUGGAUGCCUAAAAGCUAACAGGCACCUGUAAUCUCAAGUUGACAAGCGCACAUCCCCGAGUCAAAACAUUUCCUUCAGAUAAUGAUUUUAGUGGGGAAGACACUCUGGGAAAUCAGAUUUAUUUAUGUACAGUGGGGCGCUUAAGUUUCAGAAACUUGACUGGAUGUCAAAGCAAUCAACGCCCGACUACAUGAGCGUGAUGCCGCCGCUCUGAUGGUACUCGUGUUGGAAAAGCUGGCAGUAAGGUCACACUUAUUUCUCAAGCGCUUUGCUAAUGGCAGAAAUUUGCGGCUGUGAGUUUGAAGAGCCGGUCAUACAGUAAACAUCAGCAGCAGGAGCAGGAGCCGCGCUGUGUGAGAUGUUUCUCAAUGGGGAGAUGUAAGCCAAUCAAUCGAUCUCGUCAGCGCUGCUUUGAGGGCAUCUGUGGUUUAUUUAUUGUAUGUUUGUGCCAUGAUUGUGUCUCUGUGUGUGUUAGGGUUUAAAAUAUGUGAUUUCAAGGUUAUUGCCGGCUGAUAUCUCCAUCCCAUCAAGUCAUUUUUGUCAAUAAUGGAGUUCCAUCAACCUUGUUUUCUUAAAACAAGGACAGUGCUGCGAGAUUAUAUCUACCAAUCUGUAGGAGAAGGCGGCAGGAUGAGAGUUUGUUUUUGAAAAUGAAGGGUUAUUCUCUUGUUUUAGUCUCAUUUCUGCCUCUUUUUAAAAAAAAAAUAUUCCCUCAAAAAUUUCCUGAAUUAGAAGCAGGUUGAAAUAAUCUUGCAGAUUUCUUCCUGUAACAACAUUUUAGACUCUUGAGGCAAAAAAAAAAAGUGGACUAUUUCAAGAAAAUACAUAUUAAAACAACGGGUGGGUUGGGAUUUUGUUCAGUAAAAAGGUCAAUUUUGUGCAAUUAUAAUCUAAUUCUUCUCAAAAUAUGUUAAAAAUUCAGUUUUAGCUUUGCACUUUAACUCAAAAAUAUUAAAGAUCUGAGAUUUUAGUGCCUUAACAUCCUAAUUUAACGCUGCACUUGAUUAAAUAUAUAUUCUAACGUUGAAACUUCUUUGCACACUCAUAUGAAAUUCAAAACAUGAUUUUUUGUUGUAGUCCAGCCUCUGCACUGAGCCACUGCUCCUCCCUUAGUGUGUGUGUGUGUGUGUGUGUGUGUGUACUCAUUUGUGUGUGGUGUGCACAUACACCACUGCUUACUCUUAGAAACUCAUUUGAUACCAUCAGCAAAACAGUCGCUCAGCCGCACAGUGCUGAUUGAAACCUCUUAAAAGUGUGCAUUUAGGUAAUUGCACGACUCCCCCCAAAUAUGUUUUAGUCCACUUAAGGCUUCUAAACACCGUGGGCAAUGCCGACUCUGCUUGUUUCACUCACCCCUGACGUAACCUGCCUUUAAUAGAAAAUAAAUUAGUUCCCCCUAAAGUGAUUAUUACUCACUCGCUGCCGCCACAUGUAAAUGACUUUUAUGAGAAACUAAUGAUGUCGAAGUGUCCACUAAGGGAAAAGGAAGGGGAAAAAGUGGGAGAGGAUGGCGAUAGAAAAAGAGAGGAAAAGAAGGGGUGAGGGAAGGAGGGAGGAGUUGGCUCAGAACACAAAGGCACAAGGUUGGUGUUGUGUUUCCUGUAAAUACAGAAUUACAGCGUGUUAGGGGGGAAAGGUCCAGCGAUGGAUAUGCAGAGAAACAUGCAGCCUGAAUUCAAAAUGCUCGUCUGAUUCUCAAAAUGGAUCUGAGCCCAGCCCACGCACAUCAGUCUAUUUUCCCUCCUCACUCCACUAAACUGACUCUCCUUUUUUUUUCUUUUUUUUUUGCAGGGUAAUUUUUGUAAAUCUCAGACUUUUCGUGAGGAAAUAUUGAUUAUAUAAUUGGGCAGGCUGCCGCUGCUACAGUGGUGUUUAACCCAGACCCCGAGUUAGGUUUUUUUGGGUUGGUGUAAGCAAGACUGACAUUAAAAAAAUAAAAUACAAGAUGACUUCAUCACCUCUAUGGCCGAUUAAAAACUUGAAUCGCAGCCCGCUCUGACACUGAGCUCAUUUAGCAAGAAAUAAUUACUUCUGCUUCUUCCUCUCAGGACCAAAGUAUGAAUAAGAGAUAAGAAUAUAAUGUAGGCCUGUUUAAAAGGGGCAAGCUUUAGCAUUUAACAUUAAUUUAAAAUAAAGUUUGAAGAUGUUAGAAAUUCAGUGUUGUAAAAGUAGAAGUGAAGAAGUUUGAUUUUAUUUUAACCAAACAAUCAUUUGAGUUUGGCUCAUGUUUGGGCAUCAGAAUAACCUCAUAAGAAUACAGACAGAGACAUAAACUGAUAUUAUUGUUAUUAUUACAUUAUAUUUAAUUAAGUUUAGACUCAUAUAAACAUGGAAAAAGUCAUAUUUUUAAGCACAUAGCAGUUAAAUGGAGCUUUAAGGUCUUCUGAAAGUUUAAAAGAUUUAACUGUCAACUCUUAGAAUAAAAAAAUGAAUUCAUAAAAUAAAAUAAAAGAUAAGAUUUUUGGUUUAAAUUGUUACAUUUUUAUUUAUUGGCCCUUUACAGAAUAUUAAAAUACAUUUUAAAUGUGAUUUUCUUUUCUGCAGACAUCCAUUACUCUUGAAAGAAUAAAUAUUUUUGGACUAUUUCAAGUACGAUCCAUGUUAAUAAUCGCUAUAGGUAAUGAUUCGGUAGUAUUUGAAUGAUGGUUGAUUCGUGAACAAUCCAAGGUACAUGUGAUAAUUAUCAAAUUUUAUUUUUCCAGUUUCUUCAUUGGAGCUGUCUGAAAGUAGUUUAACUGUCUUUGAAUAACAAAAGACAGAGAAAGCAGUGGACAGGUGCAGAUAAAACAAAGUGUAAAUUUGAAACCUGGAGCAAAUGCUGCUUUGUAAAAAUAGCAACUGCGUUCGAUUCACGCUUAAAUAUUCCCAGUAGCUCCAGAAUGGUAUAUUUGUUUGAAAAGCCAAUCCCUGGUUAAUAUAAACACUGCACGAGCCUGAUAAGAACCACCAGGAGCUUUGGCCUGGAUGUAAGCUAUCUGUUUCAUCCCAGCCGCCUACAGCAGCUCUCUGGCAAUAAGGUGUGAUGGGUUCAACAUCUUGAUUCCCUCACUGCACAAUGAAACGAGUUGCUGAUUCAUCUCUUUUAACUAAUCAAAGUUGCUUAGCUAAUCUGUUUUCUUUCAACAAAUCCACUUUCCCUCAGCUUAAUCCAUUUGUCCUAGUUAGGCAGCCAGUCUGUUAGCUAACCUGUUUCCCCUGUCCUUUUUUAAUUUAUCCUUCAUCCGUGUGCCUGCAGCCUGCAAGCGGAAGGAGCAGGAGCAGAGCAAGCUGGAACGCAACCAGGGCCCCAAGCGCACCAGGCUGGUGUUCACGGACCUGCAGCGGCGUACGCUCCUGGCCAUCUUCAGGGAGAACCACCGCCCGACCAAAGAGCUGCAGGUCACCAUCUCCCAGCAGCUUGGCCUGGAGCUCUCCACUGUCAGCAACUUCUUCAUGAACGCCCGCCGACGCAACCUCAACAAGUGGGCAGACGAGGGCCGUCCCUCCUCCACGGGGUCCUCGGGCUCCAGUGUUUCCUCCUCCGCAGUGUCCUGCAGCACGGCGUGAUGGUGAACCGCCAAGGAGGUGCGGUGGGGAGGGCACCGAGGGAGCAAGGGGGCACAUAGACUGGUCUAGGUAGAGAUCAGCCGUAAUAAAUGUCCUCCUCGUUAUCAGAAGGAGUGACGGAGCCAGCUAUUAUAGAUGAUUUUAUGAAGACGAAGCAUUUUCCCAAACCAAAGUUGAACGCUCCCUUGAAAUGAAAGGGAGCGAUACCCAGAGUGAUAUGAGCGCAGGACGAGGGGUCCUGCUUGUAUAGUCAAGGGUGCAAAAAUGAUCUGGCUCAACGACGAGUCACACCCUUACAUAGACAUCAUCUCAUUGCAUUAUUUUGAUUAUCUAGAUUAGAGAUAAUGAGGGUAUUACAAAUCAGGAGAAAGCAUAUUUUGGUGUACCUUCAAAUCUAUAGUCAUCUCUCCAAACGUGAAGAAUCAAGAGGUGCCGUUUGCUCACAUCUGGAGAGCUCCAUUGUGUAACUUUUAAUCAAAAGUGUUCGCCAUCAUCCAAAGACGUUGAUCUUCCCCCUACUGUUCCUACGGUCCUUUUUUUUCCUCAAGAAUCAAGGUGAAAGAGGAAGAAAAGGCUUUUUUUUUUUUCUCAAGAACCUUUUCCCCUUUCUUAGCAUGUGUUUCCAUGGUGAUGGUUCCCAGGACUGCGUGGCUUAUUUCCAAGUUCCGAGCCUGGAAUUAUCAGGAGGGUUCUGUAGCGUCCAUGACUCCCAGCUGUCAGUCAUUAACCAUCAACAGGAGCCUUUCCCGUGUUUUGUGAAGAUGGUCCCACCUUGAAUGAAUCAGAGUUUUCAAGGGGGAACCGCAGUGCAUCUCGCUGUACGCCAGGACAGAAUCAAUAAACACAAGCAAGAAGCAAAAACAGACUUAUUGGUGCAACUGUCUAGCUUUAAGACUCUCAGUGAGCUUCCAAAAGAGAGCUCCACAGCCAUUUUCUGACUCCAAAUCAAGCCAAAAAAAAGAAAAACAACCUUUGAACACAAAGGUCUUUGGGGAAGAGAUACACCUGACACAAUGUAUAGUGACAUUGUAGUAUUUUUUUCCACUCAUUUCCAAACUACUGUAAACACCACUACUCCAUUGUGAAAUCUUUUUUUACAGAUGUCUAGAAAAUGGAGGAAUGUGAUUCUUUCAGCCCUUUUUGUACAGAUUUCAAGCACAUCGCUCUAUUUAUAGAUCUUAACGCGUUGGAAGUGCGGGGCGGUUUGUUUCAGCCCUGCUGACGUACAAGGUCAUUUUUUGGUCCACAAAGGAACGGCUUUAACAUGCCUCCUUAUAGCCAAUAGUUAAAUCAAACCAAGAACGUUUCAAAUGCAAUUGCUGAUCUGAUCAAUGUAUUUAUUACUGCAUUUGUGUAUUUAUUGUUUUCCUUUUUUCUUUUCUCUCUCUAUUUAUUUGGUUAUUUAUUUAUGCUAUCUAUAUACUGUAAGUAUUUAUUUAACAAUGCUCUGUAUGUCUGUGUGAAACUGAAGACUUUUUCUGAUGGGCACUUUUAGCUGUAGAAUCCCAUCGUAAUACCAAAGAUUAACAUUGCCUCCCUGAAUGUACGGCCUGAAUCCCUAAAACCCAGUACCCGAUCCCACCUGAUCUAGCCCCACUUACCCGCGUAUCUCGUUACGUAUCUCUCUCUAUCUUCGAGGCCUGGCCUUUGUUUUUGUUUGUUUUUUUAUUUUGUAGGAUAAGGGGGAUUUCUUUACUUUUGCAAAUGUCUCUGCGGUCAGCUCUUAAUGCCAAGGCCAAAGCUUGUUUGAAUGUUGUGAUAAUAUUUAAAAUUAAUAAUACUAUGAAUAAUAACAACAAUAAUAAUAAUUAUGAUGUGGCAUCCCAUAGGUUCACAGGUUGCUUGUAAAGUUGUGUUCAGACCGAUGCCAUCUGGCAGAGUGUUUCAAGUGUCUGGGGACCCACUUAAAGUGCCAUCUGAAGGCUCCAUUUUAGUACAAGUCCUUUAGGGUCACAUGCAAACAUGCGUACUGUGUGUCUGCCUGGGGAAAUGCAUGGUUGUGGCCCCCCACAUGUCCCUCACCAGCCCCCUUCCCCAGCGCAGUGCAGACACUCCUGUCUAUGUCCACCUCAGUGUGAUCUCACCGUCCACCUCAUGCCAAGCCCUUCUGCCAGUUGUCUCAGUUCCAAGAGGGGUUUUAGGAGUUGUCCAUGGACCUCUGGGGUUUUUUAAGAUGUGUUCCCCAUUUCUGGGGGUUCUUGGGUUUAUUUUUCCAAGUUCUGUCAGUAUUUCGGACUGUUCCAGUCAUUUAUGGGUCUUAUGGUUUGUGUCUGGCCUUCUGGAUUGCUUCUCAACCUCUUUGGAUCUCUGAUUUAAUGAUUGGGUUUCUAGGACUUUUUGGGAUGUUUGUUUUUGUCCUCCGGGUUCUGGGGUCUUUUGGGUUACAUUGUGUCCUUCUCAUUUCUUGGUAUCUUUGGUUUAUGUUACCAAGUUUUAUCAGUAUUUCAGAUAGCCCCAGACUUUCAAAAGGUUCAAGGGUUUAACUCUGGCCCUCUAGUUUCUCUCUAGAUUGCUUCUCAUCCUCUCUGGAUCCUUGAUUCCAGUGUUACGCUCGUAGGACUUUCUGUUCUUUGGACUCUGAUCAUUUUAUGAGUUUGUCCCUGGCCUUUUGGAUAACCUUAUGUGUCUUUCUAGUUUCUCUGGACCUUGGGUUUACAUGCCUGGUGUUGUGAAGGUGUAGAGUUUUAUUCUUGGACCUUUGGGAGUCUAAGUUGGUACCACUUGUCUUAAGUUUUGUCCCUUGGGUUCUGGAGGUUGCAGGAUUUGUUCUUGGUCAUUUGGGUUGUUUGAGAUGUUUCCAUCAUUUCUGUGGGUCUCAGGAUUAUGUGCCUGGUGCUCUGAAGGUCUUGGGGUUAGCUCUUGGAUCUUCGUGAUUGUAAUUUGGUGUCACUAACCUCUUUUGAAUCUUAAGUUUUGUUCAUUGGGUUCAGAAAGUCUUAGGGUUUGUACCUGGUCUGUUAGAGUUAUAACAGAUUGAUGCUCAUUUCCAGGGACCUUUGGUUGAAGUUCCAGGAAUUCUAAAGAACUUGGUAUUUAUUUUGGGAUCCAAGGGUUGAGGGUUUGUCUUGAUUGUUCCUCGUCCUCUGUGGAUCUCUGAUUUGAUUUUGUGGCCUUGUAGCCAUUGCCCACAAAGGUUCAAAGAGUUUGUUUCUAAUCUUGUGGGACUUUCUGGUUUGGUUGUUCUGGAUGCCAGAGAGACUGACCCCGGCCUUCUGGGGUCUAAGGAGUUAUCUCCCACUUUCUUGGAUUCUUUCCUGAUUUGAUUGUGGGGCUUGCCGACAUGGCCCUUGUACUUCCAAGGGUCUAAGUAUCAUUUCAUCACCUUUCAGGAGUCUCUGACUUUGUUGCAAGGCUCCCAAUGUUGAGGUUUGUCAAAUUCCACCUGAAGGUGUUUGCAUUCAGUCCAGAUCAUCUUGGGUUUUGGGGGUUUGCUCUGGAUUUUCCAGGAUUUUUGGAGUCUGUUAAACUUUGCACAGGCACAUGCGAUUUGAAUUGUCAGCAUUCUUCUUUGUCGAUUCCCAAAUCAGGAGAAAAAUCACCCAAGACCCAAGUCUCUGACCCUUGUGUAAAUGCUGCCAAAGAGUGGCGAAGAUGGCUUGGCUGUUUUCCACAGACUAUCUCUCUCUUUUUUUCUCUCUUUCUCUGACUUUACCAUUGGAAGGGGCGGAUUGCCAGGGCCCCCUUCACAGCGUGCACUUGAAAGACGAGCGGUCAUGAAAGAGGCCAUCGACUUUUUCGCAGACUUCAAAGAGCAGGCUUUUUUCAUCCCGUCUCCUCUCUGGGUAUCUGGUCUGGGGUCCGCUCUUGGCCAGACCUGUGGGCUUUAGGGGGCAUUCAAAGGGGGCGGGGGAGAUCAGAGAGGAGGCUGAAUCAUCCAGAAUGAGGAUGGUGGUAGCGGUGUGUGUGUAGGAUAGGUGGGAGGGAGGUUGUUUGAGGAAUAGGAGGUGUUGGAGUAGUGGGGCAUGGAGCUGAAUUAAACUUUAAUGAGCAACAAUUGUAAGCAUGCUGAGAGCAAAGGGGGGUGAUGGUGAGGGUGUGCGGUUGAGUCAGUACAGGGGAGGGGGAAUAAAAAAUAAAAGACUUGGGAGGCUCCUCUGCCGACCCCUGCUUACUGCUGUCAUUGUAUCAAAGCUGAGGUGACACCUUUCAGGUUGCUCUUUGUCUCUCUGACUGAGAGCCUAAAAUGGAGACAGAGCUUUUUGUAUUGAGCCACCUUCUGCUCCUGUCAAGUAGGAGAGAUCUUCCCUUUCUGUACAGAAGGGAGGCAGGAGGGAGGAGCAGUGAGCCCAGUAGGCUGCUGCAGGUGUGAUCUCCAUCGCCAUCCAAGCCUGCGGCACCCCCUAGUGGCUCUAAUAGAAAUUUGACCCAGAAACAAAUCUGGAAGCCAAGAAUGAUGCAGAGCAAUUCUGAGGGGAAUGGAAAUAAUGAAAUAGCAGAACUGAGAGCUAAUAUAUACUUUCAGAUAAAAAAAAGAGAAAAAAAAGACCAGAAAAAAAUGUAAUUUCUUUUGAUAAACCAAAAAAUAAACAACAACCAAAGAUUGAUGGGUUACUGCUGAAUCAAAAUGUAUCAUGGGUAGUUUUAGCAGUUUCCUAUCAGAGCUACCGUAGCACUCAGAGGAUUCAAAAAGCACCAGUGGGGUUUGGCGUGCUGACUAUUUAUGUUACAUAAAACAGUAUUAUGUUGAACUGGAACUGAGAAACUGACAUGAGGCAGUGUCUUCAGAUGGAAGUCUUUUGACUCUGUAAACCCCAGUGUCCCCCCUGUCUGUCCCUGCCCCCUCCCCUGUGUGUACAUGAAGACUUUACCCAUCUACCUCAACUGUGUGAGAUGUUGUGUGGCAAAGAUAUUCCUUAACCAAAGAAUCCAUCCUGUCAGGGUGUCUGUCUAACUAUCUAUCUAUCUAUCUUGUCUGUCCAUCCGUCUCUUCUUCAUGCCUUUUACUCCAAACCAAAUGUGCUGGAAUCAAUCCGCAACAGGGGCGAACGAGGCCCCCGUCCAGCCAAAGCUAGAGUCCAGUAUGCUAGAGUGUCCCAUCGAUCCAUGUUCUGUAUAUAACUAAAAAUCAUUCUCAAGACCAAAAAAAAAAGGAGGUGACAAUCCAAGCAAGGAGGAUCUUGCUGUAAUCAACGUUGCCUAUUCCUUGUUUUCCGAAGACUAGAAUCAUGUGACUUGCUAUAACAGAAAAGCCCAAGAAUCAAGCACUCAUCCCAAAAUAAAAAAAAAGGUCGGAGGAGACAGAAGCUAUUUUUCCACAUUUGUAAGCCACCCCUCCCACCCCUGUUUUUUCCAAAAUGUUUAGUGUAGUUGAAAUACUGUUUGAUCCCACUGUUGUAAGUAGGAAUUAAUGAAAUCCAUACAAAAAGCUUUAAACGGGGAAGAGCUGAGGGAAAUAUUAUAUUUGACUGAGUCUGACUUUCCUCAGCUUGGACUCGACCCACCAUGCUUUAUCGUGCCAUUCUUGUCCAUGUGUUAGACUUACUAAUGAAUGUGGCUAACCAACCAAAGGCUUUAAAAAAAGAUACACAACACUUUAAACGUCAAUCAUGGUGGGACAUUUUGUAUCAACAACUAAAGAAAAUCCCUUUGAAUACCUCAUGUGAAAAUUGUUUGUUGUGAUGUUGCACUAAAAAAAUAAAAAUGACUCAUUUGUAACCCAA